CCUUUCCACCCCCACAGAACCUCGUGCGCCCGAAACUCCGACCAUCACCGUCGAUGACUCGACGCGCAACGGGGAUGCGACACGCUUACCUGGCCCAGCGACACUUGCCGCCAACAUGAGCCUGGAGUCGAAGGCCUCCGACAGUGACGCCGACAGCGAUGCCAGCGAUAGCAGUCAGAGCCUAGACAAGACAGAAUGGCUCGCCACCACGCGUCAGCGUCGCUCCACGGCCGGCAAUCGCAUGAAGUCGAUGCUGGCCAACGAGGAGCCCGACUCGGACCUCGAGCUGCUGUUCGCCGAGGACGAGAAUGACCAGGGCUUCUCCGAUGUCGACGGCGACGGCUCCGACGUUCAGAUGGACUCAUCCUCGGACGACGAGGACGACGACAAAAACGAUGACGACCUCGAAGGCGAGAAGGAGCUUGAGCGCCAGGCAAAGGAGAAGCGCGCCGUCCAGCGCAAGCGAAAGGCACAGGAGGCCAUCCCCGUCCGAUUCCGCAAAAGAGUCCGCAUCGACGAGAGCCCCGCCUCUGCCCCAGCACCAAGGCCAAAGAAGAAGUCAGAGCGAACGUCCUGGCUCCCUUCGCCCGCCGACAUGCCCACGCGCGCCUCGUCUCGCAAGACUACGCGCAUUUCCAAGGAGCAGCUGCAUCAGCAGAUGGUCGAGCGCGAGAAGCGGCGCCUCAAGCAAGUCGAGCAGAUGCAGAGAAAAGCCGCCAAGCUCGAGGCGAUGAAGAAGCCCCCCAUGACGCAGGAACAGCGCCUGGCCGAGGCGGCCAUCAUCGAGAAGCGCAAUAGCAAGAGCCUGAACCGCUGGGAGGAGGCGGAGAAGCAGCGCGAGGAGGAGCGCAAGGCGAAACUUGCGGCGCUCAACAACAGGACCUUGAAGGGGCCGGUCAUCACUUUCUGGAGCGGCGUGAGAGAGUGGAAGGACGCACUCGGACAGCAUGUGACCAUGGUGGAGGACAAGCCCAAGAAGAAGAGGGAGAAGGUGGACAAGGGGUCCAAGGUCAAGGCGGCCAAGACGCAGGACAGCGGCGACGGCCAGGUCUCGGAGGCACAGGCAGCGGAAGAGAAGGGCAACGGCAAGGCGGACGUCAAGCCAGAUGCCACAGCCGUCCCGAUCAGUGAUGCUCCGUCAACAAAGACGGCACCUGCGGUUGAGGCUGUCAACACCCCACCCGCACCCGCACCUGCGACCACAAAUGGCGAUAUCGAUGCGAGCGGUCGGCCAGCCUCUCCUGUGACGCAGGCCCCUACAUCGGCCUCCGCCAGCAGCGAAGCCAGGCCGGUCACGUCGGUCUCCGAACCGGUGCCAAACCAGGAAGAACCUUCCCGGUCGCUGAUGGCGAUGCCUCCCCCACCACCUCCGCCUCAGACAUGCUCACCCGCACCAUCGGGCGGACUCGCAGCGCUGGCACCUCCGAUACGCAGCCCGAGCCCGUUAGCAUCACCCGCAGGUUUGUCACGACCACAAGAUGCCCGCCCGUCCAGUGUCCUGGCGGCUCCGAUACUGGCGCCUCCACCAGGCCUUGCUGGCAUGAACAGCGCCCUCUCGUCGACAGACGUUCCAAGAUCCAACGUCCUCGCACCGCCAAAUACCUCGCCCCAGUCUGCCCCUCCGUGUCUGCAAGCUCCGCUUCCACAGGCUGCCGGUGCCUCUCCAGCACCUCCGCAAAGUUCGGCCCCAGAACCUCAACCUGUCUUGCAUGAUACGCGUCUGGUGCCCAUCGAUAGUGAAGUCUUGGCUGUGACUAAGUUGGCCACCCCUCGACUCUCGGACGCCCCUCAGCUGCCAGACGCUCCUCAGCUGCCAGACGCUCCUCAGCUGCCAGACGCUCCUCAGCUGCCAGACGCUCCUCAGCUGCCAGACGCUCCUCAGCUGCCAGACGCUCCUCAGCUGCCAGACGCUCCUCAGCGAUCAGAAGACGCAGCUCCACCCACCGAGUCAGCCCGCAGUUCAACCACAGCACGCAACGCAAUCAUCUACCAAAACUUUGACCUCAACGCCAUCCGCGACAAGGCAGUGCAGACGCAGAUUCUCUUUGGCCGCAAAAUGACCAAGCUCUCCAAACCCGCAGCAGCCCCAAUUUGCAUCAUUACCAACCAGCCGGCACGCUACCGUGAUCCCAAGACCGGUCUGCCUUACUACAACGCCGCCGCUUACCGUGAAAUCCAGCGCCUCAGCAAGGGCGACUAUCACUUCAGUCGCGAGCUCGGCGCGUGGGUCGGCAGCGGUGCCCUCGCCGCCCGCGGUGUUCCCGAGCGGUUCUUGAAGCCCGAGACGGAAGAGGCACGCAAGAAGAGGCUCGAGGAGAAGCAGCAGCGAGAGAAAGAGGCUGAAGAGGAAAAGAAGCGGAAGCAGGCCGAGGACGACAAGAAGAAGAAGGAAGCCGAGGAAGAGAAGAACAAGAGGGAAGCGAGCGAGGGGGAGAAGAGGCAGUCUGAGGAAGCACAGUCUGUGGAGAAGGCUGCUGCUCCUCCUGCCCCUGGCCCGCUAUCAAGCGCACCACCUCAGGCCUCUGUUGCCAUGCCUGCUACCACGGUUCCGGCCGCACCAGCGCCCGCUCCCUCUGCAGUUCUCAAGCCAGCAUCUUCAGCGCCGUCAGCACCGACAGCAACGCCAGCACUGGGACAACAUGCGAGCAUCCAACCAGCCGCUGCGCAGAAAACCCUAGCUCAGCCGCUUCAGCAGCCCGUACCCCAGGUGGCACCACAGCAGCCUUCACAUCAACAGAAGCAAUUCGUACAGCAGCUACAGCAGCAACCGGGACAGCAACAACAGCCACCGCCACCACAGCAGCAGCAGCAACCAGGCCAGCCCCAACCCCAGCAUCCCGCCGCUCAAACUGCCGCACCACCACCAACAACGACGACGACGACGACGACGACGACGACGGCGCCGGCUCAGCAACACGGGCAGCAGCAGCAGAAGCAGAAGCAGCCUCCUCCUCCAGCGACGGCCGUGACCGCGACCGCACAACCACAGGCCAGCGUGGCGGCGCAAUAGUGGCAUGCCACACUAGGUCCAUCCCCGGGCGAGAAAAAAAAAGAGAAUGGGGGGGAGCCAGCUGCCUUCGAAGCAAAAGUACUAACCUACAACUAGCUCAGUCAGCUAGAGAUUUCUCUAUUCAUCUUCUACCGGCUUUUUCUUUCGGCGCUGGCGGUUGGCGCUUCAUCAUGGCUGCGUAUGCAUGGUCUACACGGACAGGCUCACCGCAGGAAAACGGAGGCCUGUCGGCGUUGAAUUUGUCUGUGUGUAAAUGUAUAACAGCAACUACUAUCUGUAGAUUAGAUAUCCCCCCCCCCCCGCCGCGGCGGCGAUGGUUGCUACGAUGCACCGGCCGCAGGUGGAGUAAAAGGCGGGCAAGCAUGAGAUAUUGUGAGACCAAUGCCCACGCACACACGCAUUACUAUCGAAUACAAGCAGUGGCACCUCGUCACGCCUUUC